ACGCCUCGAGCUGCUUCGCCCUCAAAAAGCGGUCAAGUGGCUUUGGUCUCAGUCACUCGCUUCCCCUCAAAGCGCGCCGAAAUCAAAGAUCGCGAGAAGAUGUGAUGUCUCGCGGCAUCUAUUUCGACCUUUUCGAUUCCCGGGCUGUGGGAGGAAGCUCCCGCGAUAUGUCCCUUGGAGACUCGCAAGGUCUCGCGAUAUGUCGGAGCUCCGGGAGGGGACGGGCACCUCGGGGGCGGCAACGCUGGGAGAAAAUGGCCGACGAAGCGGGUAGCAACGGGGACGCUUGUGCGCUGCCAGUGGGGAAGGAGGCAGUGGACCGUCUGAUCAGAGAGAACAGCCACAUCUUUACGGAUGCUCAGUGCAGAGUAUGUAGUGCAGUGCUCAUCUCUGAGUCCCAGAAGCUUGCUCAUUAUCAGAGCAAGAAACAUGCAAACAAAGUUCGGCGGUACAUGACUAUUCAGUGUGAGGAGGAAUUCACUCAGAGUAAGAGAAUAAAGUUGGAUGCAAAGCAGGAGAGCAACAACGGAGAAGACAGAAACAAGUGCUGCCCCAUCUGCAACAUGACUUUUUCUUCGCCAGUUGUGGCCAACUCCCACUACCUAGGCAAGACGCAUGCCAAGAAUCUGAAGCUGAAGCAACAGCCUCUCAAAGCAGAAGCAUCUGCACCAGCUCAAAGACAGCCAACUAACUUUCCUCCCCCUACUGUGUGCUCUCCUCCUGAAGAAAACCAGGACACUUCUGACCCAGACAAAUUCUGCAGUCUCUGUCAUGCCACAUUCAAUAAUCCUCUGAUGGCAAAACAGCACUACGUAGGCAAGAAACACAGAAAACAGGAAACCAAACUUAAGCUCAUGGCACACUAUGGCAGAACCCCAGAGGAACCCGCUGCUUCAACAGCUGGAAAAGGCUAUCCCUGUGAAGACUGUAAUAUAGUUCUGAACUCCAUAGAGCAAUACCAAGCUCACAUCAGCGGCUUCAAACACAAGAAUCAUAUACCAGGAGGAAUUCCUGUUACAGCUCGGUACCCGAGAACACUGUAUACAAGGGAGGAGACAGCGGGUCCUGAUGGCUACAGCUAUUUCAGCCAAGAUCUCUAGAGCAAGUUCCAGUGCUGUUAUUGAAUUGCUGGUGGCCAGCGAACAUCAGUUGCUGCCCUGCUAUGAUUUUAUUGUUCCUCUGGCUAAACAAAACCUUCCUAUCCUGCAGUGUGCUGGUUUAGCAGAUUGAGAACUGACUAUUGGCUAAAGGAUCUUGAAGGGAAAGGUCUACUAGUUGGCAUUUGCUCAGUCCUUUAGAAUAGUUUUCAUAAUGUAUUCUCUUCCUAUACUAGCUGGUGGGUGGGGCGGGGUUUGUGCCUGACACAAGCAGAGCUUGACUCCUGACAGUGUUCUGUUCAUGAGUCCAUCCUUUCUGUCUGGAAGAAACAGAAAAGAGUUCUACAUCCCAUGCUAGCCAGAGAAGAUCAGCCUUUGGAAGAAAGCUUAUUUAGCUUGGUAACACAGUGCUUAAUGUGAGGUGUGGAAAGGGUGGAAGAGGCAGAUUGAUGAUCUCAUCUAGAAUGGAGUUUGCUACAUUGCUAUAUUUGUCUUGUUCCUUCCUGAAUUUUGUAUAAAGAGUUCCCUAGAUCACCAAUUUGUCAUUUCUAUCCUAUUUGUAGUUCUGGAGCAUCUGAUAAUGUGUUUAAUAAAUUUGUUUCUGUUAGUAGUGUGAAGAAUUUCCUUCUAAAGAAACAAGUAGGCGGAGGCCCUGUUGAAGCAAUUCACAGUGACUGCAUUUCUUUAUUCCUCAUAUUCAUCUUGUGGAAAUUAUAAUGUGUGUGAACCUAGCAAUGUGUAUAGGCAAUCUCCAAGUUACAAACAACCUAGGUUCUGUAGGUUUGUUUUUAAGUUGAAUUUGUAUGUAAAUCAGAACAGGUACAUUUUUAAAUAACUCCAGCCAAAGAUAGAUAGAUAGAUAGAUAGAUAGAUAGAUAGAUAGAUAGAUAGAUAGAUAGAUUCGCUUUAGGUAACAUAGGGAAGGGUUAAACCCCUGUAGUGUUUGUUUUGCAUUUCUGUGCCCCUGUUCAGAAGAUUUCACCUCACUUUUGUCCCUGUGAUAAUUGGAUUUUGAAAGAAAUGGUUUGUUGUGGAAACAAAGAUUGGUGAUAAACCGUCAGUGCAGAUACUAUUUCCCCAUGAUAACGCUUUCAGGAAUGAAUUUCCCUUCCUAGGGGUAGAUUUCUCUCUCUUCCUGUUGUCGCACCUCUGUUACUACGAGUCGUUUGUAAGUUGGAUGUUUGUAACUCAGGGACUGCCUGUACAAGGUUCUGUUGUGUUAAAAUGUUCAUCAAAAGUGUCUUUAUGUGGUAGAGACUUCUAAAUUUUGUUUUUUCCCAGAACAUGAAAGUAUUUAACAGAUGUGUAUAAAGGAAUGGCAAAGUCAAGAUAAUUUUGUGGCAGGGACAUGACAUUUGUGGAGUUACUUUCAUUAAGUCCUCAUUUUAAAUGAGCAGCACAUUACUUAGUUCUACUACCAAGCUUCGUAAAUCCAGUUGCCAUGUCCCAAGGCUUGGGUUAAAGUCUUUGCACAUGAACUCUUGUGGUUCUAGUUGUAUGAAAUCUAUUUCUUAGAUGUGUCUCUGCUCCAGCAAAUCUAUCCAUUUAUUUGUAAUAACUUUGUCUGGCUCAAGAAGGAAUGUUGGUGACUGCUGAAAAUAAUACUUAAGGUGAAUUGCUUCUGUGAUUCUCUUGGAAAGAAGAUAAAAUGUAUUGGUCACUUUCCCUUUGUAUAUGUACGAGGAGAAGUAAGCUUGAGGGCUAUUGGCAUCUUAAGCUAGAUCAGUGUUUACCAGAAGACUAGUUUCCAGAACAGUUGGUUAAAAUUCUGAUUUCCUUUGGCCAAAAAUAAGGUUUAUAAAUAAAAUUGAAGUAUUGUGAGAUACUCACUCUUACCACUCUUUUCUGCUUUUGUUUAAAACAAAUAGUAGAUUUUUUCUUUGCCCAUAUUUACUUCAAGAUGAAUUGUAAUUUUGGUGAAUCCCUGCUUGCAAGCUUCUUUAAUUCAUUAAUCCCAUAAUUUGUGGAGGAUCCAUAGUUCAGUUCCAUUUGCUAUGUGGCUUCUCUUGUUUUCUAUUACAUUCCUAACCAAAAAAGUUUUUUUCACAACUGGCUAUGGAAUUGCAGAGUCCUGUCCUUUAUCAUGUCUAGUGGCAUGCUGUGUGAAUUUGUGUACCCUCCUGUUCUGAUAGAGUGAGAUUAUUAGCUGGUAUCUCUGUCUCUUCUGGUAGCCUCUUGAUCUCCAUGUGAAUAUUACUACCUGUAACUUUAUACGCAGCUGCUUUGUUAGGAAUUCCUUCUCUGUUACCUAGAAAAGUAAAGGGGAAGGGCUUUGUCUCUCUUCUUUCCAAGCAGUAAUGUUAAUCAAGAUAAAAUUCAAAUCAGACAAACCUAGCUGUCCAUUAUCUUAUAUUCCCUCUUAUCUACAGUGAUAUAUUGCAGCUCAUUCUAGAUAUGGAAUUAUUGAUAUCAUAAUCUUUGCCUUUUUGUGCUGCCAAGCUUUUCUGCCAAAAAUGGAAGCAGAAGUAUUUUUUAUGUGAAAUUUAUAUUUGUGACUUCAUGUUGGGGCAUAGUUGAUUGGAGUAGUUGUCUUGGAAUUGAAUUUCAUAUUUCCAAUAGAUUGAAAAGUGUUUGUUCUGUCAGUUGCCCCCAUCACCACAAUUUCUUUGUUUAGCUUUUAUCAAAUGACAUAACUAAAAGGGGACAGAGCAAAGUUUUUUUCUCUCUCUGACAACAUCUGUAACAAAAAAACGCAAAAGAACUUAAGUUAUACAGCUUUCCUUAAAUAAUUGAUAAGACAAAUGUGUAUCUUCUGAUUUGCUAAUAGCCAUGUUUGUAUAAGCUUUGGUUUAUAAGCUUCAUCUUCCCCUGCUUUUAACUUUUAUCUUUUGUCAUUCUCCAAUAUCUUGCACUGUAUUUGGAGACGGGUCUCUGACAUACUGAGUGAGCAUCUUCAGUUACUGAGCAUGGAAAGCAUGAUUGCCUCUAUGAAGCUCUGGUUUUAGAUUUGGUUUCUAUAUAUAUUGAAUUAUGUUGCUGUUCCUAACAGUUAAUAUUUUUGGCAAGUACAAGGCUGAGGAAGUGCUCUGUUACAUCAUUAACACGAUCAGUAUGCUGGCUUAAUCUUGUAUGGAUUAGUCAUUAUAAAUUCAUGAAUUUCCAUUUGUCUUUUGCCUUUUUUCAAUAGCCAGGCAUUCUUCUGAUUUCAGAGAUUAAAGUAUUUUUUUCUAUUCA